AUGUCGCUACGAGAUGCCGACAAAAAGCUCACAGCUAUCUACAAACUCACCAGACUCGAAUAUCAUCCCAAAUCCGCAGGAUCCCGAGCUAGUCGUCGUACAAGUAGGAUGAUGAGAUACCUACAAGAAGCAGAGGAAAUUCUCGACGUCCUUGGUCCUGAUUAUGAUGAAGCCGUGGCUUUGGCGGUCGUGCGAGGAAUUGAUCGAGAAGAACUCAAGGAGACUGUCGCAGCUAUGAUGUGGAAUCAGGAAUGGAAUUUGGAUACGGUUUCUAGGAUUUUGAGGGCAGCUGUUAAGAAAGAGGCUUGGGAUUUCGACAGGUAUGAUAGAUUGGCUAUCACGAAAUAG